UUCCGCGGAAAACUAGUUGCGGGCACUUGAAUUUACGCUACUCGCUAGUAAAGAUAGUGUAAAUUAAUAUGUGAACAAAAUAAUAUUAUAAAUGACACAGAAAGGAUAAAUUUUAUUAUUGUGUUAUAUAAAGUCGUUGAUACUUAUUUUUAUUGCGUUAUUUUUUUAGCGAACGUGCGAACAGGAGGCCGUUAUCAGUUUCUACAACAAAGGGAUUGAUGACUACUGUGCCUAUGGGCGCCUUGACAUUGAACCAACAUUGUCUCCCAAUACGUGCCUUUGGAGCUGCUUUGCAUUUCUUGGAGCUUCUGCUUCGUGCAGUGGCAUGUCACUUCUCCUUCCGAAAACACUGUGACGGUUUGGUUCGACUUUCGUUCUAAGCGUGAAAUCGUUUCACGUGUCCAUGCAGAUCUAGGGGGAGAUGGCGUUACAUACGCUCCUAGAUGUGACAUCUGUUGUCGGCCUCUCGCUCGCCACUUGCCUAUAAGAGAACCAUGAGCCACUUGAUAUCCGACAGUGACGACUCGAACGGCAGCCUGCCGUCGCUACCGCGCGAUGCUGCCGAAUGCCGGCAGGGGGCGCUGGCUGCCGAUGACUCGUCCUCAUCAGAAGAAGAGCAGCUGACUCUUGCGCAGCGGCUGCGGCUGAAAUGCGACGGGAAGCUGCCGUCGAGCGACUCGACGCUCGCGCGGCGACGAGAUUUCGAGCAAUUACGGCGCCCUCUAGUGUCGAAGACCCCGUCGGCUAACCCUCCAUGUGUAAUCGGUGACGGUGCGUGGGGCGUGGCGAUUAGUGACGAGGGGAGCGCGCUACGUACCGGCGCGUCCGAUUUACCAAAUUUACCCGGCUCACGAAGCGUGACUGGUUCUUCGUCGUGCGACAGCCAGGAGACGUGCGCCGUCCCUUUGUCCCAGGGAAGCGAGGGUUCUAUCACGGCAACGCAAGGUGGAGCAGCGAAGCGCAAGCGACGGAGCCCAGAAGAGGUUGCGGAGGCGAAGCGGCUUGCGCAGAUUAAGAAGCAGCAGAGAGAGGCCGAGGUACAGUCUAGGAAGGAGGCUAAGGAGAGGGAGAAGGCAUUGCAACAUCAUAAGAAAGUGGCAGAAUGCAACUCCAAGAAAGCCAUGGCACCUGGAGAAUGUCUCAAGCACGUGACAGCGAUACUGGAUGCGUCCAUGUUGGAAGGUGAUGCAGGCGGCUUCAUCUUGCAAGGUCUUCGCGAUUGUGAGAUCAGAUACAGGAUUGAGUCACAGACGGUUCCACUCUGCGUCACCUGGGUGCGUGACGUGUGGGAACAUCAAGUUGGGGACGAUUUGCAGCUCAAUAAGCAUGGUUCUGAAGACAGGCAGCGAGAGGCGUUGGUAGAAAUUCGUCUGACAAAAUUUCUGGAUUUGGUCGUUGAGACAACGGCGGUUAACUCUGGAACAGCAGGAGAAGGCCUGAGCUUGGGAGACCAUAUGACUAAAAUAUCUGAUGUGCUGCAUGAGAUGACGGUUACGUUCUUUGUGGUUGGCCUAAAGAAAUAUUUCCGGGAGCAGAAGACGAAGCAACAGAGAGGACACAAGUUGGCAGUAUUGAAGUCAGCAGGCCAUGAUAUUGACCAGAAGAAGAGGAAAAAAGGUGGUAAUAUGUUGCCAUCAGUUACCGAGACUGGUGUAGAGGGGGCAUUGGUGGCAGCUCAGAUACAAAACAACUGUAAUUUCCGCAUGGUUGAAACGCCAUUAGAGGUUGCCAACCUGAUUGCAACGUUCACUAAAGCUAUUGCAGAAGCUCCAUUCAAAAGAGAGAAGAGCCAUACAGGGUUUGCUUUCGAUGCACGGAGUGAAUCACAGGGAGGUGUCAAGGUCACAAAGGAUGGCAAGGGAUUGCAGAGAGUGUGGCUACAACAAUUCCAGCAGUUUCGCAAAGUCAGCCACCAGGUUGCAGCAGCUGUCCACACUGUGUAUCCUUCCCCACAGCAGCUACUGAAGGCUUACAAGUGUUGCAGCUCAGAAAACGAGGCCCAGGAAUUGCUAAAAGACAUCAUUAUUCGACGUGGAGCAGGGGUAAUAGCAACUUCACGUAGAGUAGGGCCUGAACUCUCCAAGGAGAUGUAUAGGUUUUUCACCGCACGAGACGGACACAUGCCUACCAAGCGCUGACACCGGAAUUUGUGAUGUAAUUGCUGUAAUACUUCAAUAUAUGCAUUCUUUUCAACCCAAGAGAAGUCUUAUGCAUGUAUCAGUUAUAAGGAUAGCAAGAUAUGAGCUCAAACCUAACAGGCCAUUCAUCGUUUACAUAACGGAUACAGUGAAGUAAUAGAUUGAGUGUACUUAUUUUUUUACAUUUAUAUGACAAUAAAAAGAAAAAAGAAAACAUA